AUGAAAAACACAAGAAAGAAAAAGCGUUUCAACAACUCAAAGGCCAAAGGCAAUGAUAAGAACAAGAGAGAUAUUGGAUGGCUAACCAUGGGUGAGCCCUGGUCGGUUGGUGCUGGUCUGGUCUGCUCCUGGCCUAUGACCUAUGGCUCUGAGGUUGGAUACUGGGAGACGAAAUCUUCACCAGCUUGCCAUGCGGAGUUCGGGAGGGCCAAUCCACUGCUUCGCAUAUCAGAAUAA